AUGGCUUCGACAUGGCUCUUGUCGCUCUUUGGCCUGCUUCUCACUCUCUCCUUAUCCUCCUUCACAUCAGCUCAAUCUGGUAAUGCAUCGACGAUAUACAAGACUCGAUUUGACGGGGUCACCUGGGACGCUGCCAACUGGGUGCUCACCACCACCAAUCUGGAUCAAGGACAUUAUCAAUCUCGAAUGGUGGUUGCGAAUGGCUAUCAUGGAAUCAACGUAGCAUCCCUAGGCCCAUUCUUCGAGGUCGAUACUCCUGUCGACGGGGACAAUAUCAAUGGAUGGCCUCUGUUCGAUCGACGACAAACCUUCGCCACUGUUGGAGGCCUCUGGGACUCUCAACCAAAGACCAACGGCUCCAAUUUUCCCUGGCUGUAUCAAUAUGGCUGGGAUACUGCCAUCAGUGGCAUUCCUCACUGGAGUGGCAUCGUUCCAGAUUUGGGAGGAAGCAACUACCUGGCUGCUGCCACCGACGGCUCGACCAUCAGCAGUUUCAGAUCAAACCUCGACAUGAAGCGUGGUCUUAUGAACUGGGCUUUUACGUGGUCGCCAAAUGGCCAUGCGUCAUUCAAUGUGUCCUACCAAAUGUUCGCACAUAAGCUCAAUAUCAAUCAGGGCUUUGUUACCAUGAAUAUCACUGCGGCCAAAGCCACAAACAUUACAAUAGCGAAUGUGCUCAAUGGAGACUGCGCUGUCCGCACAACUCCUGGACAGAAUGGUAUUGACUCUGGUCUCAUUUUUACUUCUGUUCAGCCGAAUGGCAUUCAUAAUGUGACGGCGUUCGUAUACGCUGGUAUGACGAGCACCGGGGCUUCAGUUCGCUCUGUCGAGCAAGCGACAUGGCAGCGGCCGUAUGUGGGCAAUAAUGCAUCAUCAGUGGCCUCUGCGGUGAAUGUCACCCUUCAGGCUGGGCAGGUUGCUACCUUCACCAAAUUCGUCGGAAUCGCCUCAACUGAUGGAUUCCUGAGUCCCCGUGCUGUUGCAAGAAAUGCCGCGCUUGCCGCGAGACAGGCUGGUUAUGCUGCCUCAUUGCAGACCCACGCUGCAGAAUGGGCACAACAGUUUCCUACUACGUCUGUCGACGAUUUCUCAUUCCCAGAAAAUGGUACAUUGCCAAACGAUCAAUUUAUACUCGAAGCAGCAAUUACAGCGGUGACAAACCCAUACCAUCUCCUUCAAAACACCAUUUCGCAGAAUGCAAUUGAUGCAACGGCCAAUGCCGCCAAUUCAAUUAACAGUCAUAGCAUUGCCGUGGGAGGACUGGGUUCAGAUUCAUACGCUGGACAAAUCUUUUGGGAUGCUGAGGUGUGGAUGCAACCCGGUCUGGUAGCAGCAUUUCCAUCAGCGGCCAAGGGUAUUGCAAACUAUCGAGUGGAGAGGUAUCAGCAGGCGAAGCAAAAUAUUGGCACUGCGUUCGCCUCCUCCAAGAAAAAUACCACGUUUAGUUCUGCUGCAGCCAUCUUUCCCUGGACGAGUGGACGCUUUGGGAACUGUACAGCCACUGGUCCAUGUUGGGAUUAUGAGUAUCACCUGAACGGGGACAUUGGCCUGGAGUUCAUCAAUUUAUGGAUCGCGUCGGGCGACACGGCAUUAUUUCAGGAGUCUCUCUGGCCCAUCUAUGACUCCGUUGCCACAAUGUACUCAGAAAUCCUUGAGCGAAACGGCUCUCAUUGGGUUCUCCUCAACAUGACUGAUCCAGACGAGUAUGCCAACCACGUCGACAAUGGUGGCUUCACCAUGGCUUUGAUCUCUACCCAUCUCACCUACGCCAAUCAGUUCCGCUCCAUGUUCAAUGCCACGCCCAAUGCAAAGUGGGCGGGUAUGUCUCAAAACGUGCUGAUAGGCCGGGAUGAAGACGCGGACGUCACACUGGAAUACACUGGCAUGAACGGCACGACUGUCGUAAAACAGGCGGAUGUCAUUCUCAACACUUACCCGCUCUCCUUUACCGGGCAGAAUUAUACGUCCAACGACUCGCUCAGCGAUCUCGACUAUUAUGCUGCCCAGCAAUCCGUGGACGGUCCCGCCAUGACAUACGCGAUCUUCUCCAUCAUCGCAAACCAGAUCUCGCCAUCCGGAUGCUCUUCCUAUACCUAUCAACAAUAUAGCUCGCAACCGUACCUCCGAGGGCCGUGGUUCCAACUCUCUGAACAGUUGGUCGACAACUGGAACGAGAAUGGCGGGACGCACCCAGCAUAUCCCUUCCUGACAGGCCAUGGAGGCGCGUUACAAGUCGUGCUAUUUGGAUAUCUAGGUUUACGUCUGAUUCCAGAUUUCAAUCUGCACAUUGACCCCAGUUUACCGCCUCAGAUCCCACAAAUCAGAUACCGCACCUUCCACUGGUAUGGUUGGCCGAUCUCUGCCUUCUCGAACCAGACACAUACGGUCCUGACGAGGAACGGUGGCCUUGCUCCUAGUGAGGGCGCGGUCCCGAACGCUACCUAUGCAACCUCUGCCAUUCCCGUCGUGGUUGGGCCCAUCGGCUCGCCCCCCCUUGCGACCUACUCCUUGAUGCCGAACUCCAGCAUAACAGUCCCCAACAGACAAAUUGGUCUUAUCCCUACGACUGAAAACAAUGUCGCGCAAUGUCUCCCUGUCUCGUCCCCCGACGACUACUUGCCAGGCCAGUUCCCGCUUUCGGCAGUCGAUGGUGCAACGAGUACGAAAUGGCAGCCCGUGUCAGCAAAUAAGACAAGUUCCAUCACAGUGGCGCUGCCAGUGGGAUACAAGGUGACCGGGAUGGAGCUCAACUGGGGACAAAUACCGCCGUACAAUUACUCCGUCCUGUUCCACAAUCGAUCCCUCGCGGACCCGUCCGCUGCCACCAUCACCAACCCCGAUGGCGUCCUUGAAGUCGCGUCGAACCAGCGCGUGAACAUCACCGACAGGUACAACCUGACGGCGCUGAACUCGAUCGAGGCCGUGCAAGACAACAUCACCACGUUUGACAUCCCCUCGACUACCCCGCCCGUGUACACAGCGAGCUUCGCUACGCUGCGCAUCUGGGGCUCGCUGUACAAUGCCAGCGUCACCGCACGCAACAUGUCCGGCGACGGCGCCACGGUCGCCGAGUGGAGCAUCCUGGUGGAGGGACUGCAGAGUCCCAACGCUACGACUGCUGGAGGACCCGUCAGGAGGACGAGAGAUCUGGGCGGGAACCUAAAAGCCAGAGGCGAUAUGAGUCGUCUCGACGCCGAUCUGUUGAUGAAGCUGGGCCAUGUCGCGAGGUAUGCGAAUAGGGAGGGACGCAAGAUGCCAGGGAGAUGA